AUGUCCGAGGCGAACCCUCGAGAGUGCGCGGAGGCUGUGGAGCCCCCGGCCCCCGAGGCCCCGGCCCCCGCGCCCCCGAAGAGAACCAGCGACUACUACCGCAUAGACGGGGAUCUGCCGGUCAGGUUCAACAACCCGGAGUGGUUUCGGGGCUACGGGACCAAGGAGCCUGUCUCCGUGUACAGGACCAGUAACCAAGCUUACGGGAGCAGGGCCCCCACUGUGCAUGAGAUGCCGAAAGUAUUUUACCCAAAUUUGGGCAAGUUUUCCAGACAACUUGCAGCCGGUGGGAUGUUCCGGAACAACACUUUCAACGUCUGCGUGGAGAAGAGCGUUGUGACGGGUCCCGACAACUACAUCACCUCCUACGACCGCUUCAACUUCCACCCCAGCUACAACGUCAACAGGCCCUCCAUCUGCGAUUGAGAGUCCUCGAUCGAUUGAGGUAUGAGAGCAGGACGUGUUCAUCAUGGGAAAUCCAGAAGGCACUCACUCUAGACAGAGGCCACGGUUACGUUCCACGGAUGCUAUCUCCUUUACAAAAAUCGUGGUCCCGUCAGAGUGGGAAGGAAUGAAACGCCAUGACUGGUUAUUUCUUCAUUAAAACCUUUUGAUUAUUAAUACACAGAAGUAGACAUUUUGGCCACAGGCUUAAUGUCCCAUUUGGAACGGAAGUGGUUUCCAGAGAAAGUCGAUAUUCUUAAUAAAAAGAUGCGAAGCUGAGCCUGAA